UAGUCCUCGUCUCCAUGGCCGCCCUGGUCUACUGUGAUAACAUUGACAAGGAUGCCCAAAUCCAAAGUCUAAUCAAUGAAGCCGCCGAUCCGGAGGGUAAUUUCCAUUAUGCCUUUGAAACCUCAAACGGUAUACAAGCCCAGGAGGCGGGCAAUAUUCAAGGGGCCACUGGCUCGUACAGUUACAUUUCGCCAGAGGGUGAACGCAUCUCUCUGAGCUACACCGCCGAUGAGGAAGGCUAUCAUCCUGUGGGAGAUCAUUUGCCAACUUCACCACCAAUUCCAGCUGAAAUUUUACGUUCAUUGGAAUACAUUCGUGCCCAUCCACCAGCCAACUACCAAGAGAAAAAGUAA